AUGAGAGGAAAAAUGGCACAUCUUUCCACCAAUGACACUGGCCACAUGGAUGACUCAUGCAAGGCCAACUGCCUCCCCAAUCCCUUAAGAGGGAGGGGUUAUCGGAAAGAGAAUGUGAAGGAGAAAAGGGAUAGGAUCAUCCUUUGUUUUGUAGUAAUCGUGAUGACAUGGCUGCGUCUUUCUGCCAUGAUUCCAUCGUGGUUUUUCAUCUUUCAUGUCAUCCUCCAUGUACUCCUCCAACAAGGAGAUGGGUUGGAAUGCUUCCAAUGCGGACCAGGAAAAAAAGCUUGCCACUUGUCAGGGGUGGAGAUGGAAGUGACCUCGUGCAAUGGAACUCGGUUCUGCGUCAAGGACUACAACAAGAGGAUCUUUGUUGGCACAAAAUGCCCCCGACUGAAUACGGAAGCAUGUCCUGCCACACCCACCAACACAUCAACCAUGCGCCUCGUGGUCGCCCUUCGUCUCCUUCAGCAUGUGUUUGCCUUAGACCUCUUCACUUAG